CCUCUGUGCGGUCGCCGAAUAGAUAAUUAGAUACUCGCUCCUGAUUUGUCGCGUGCGAAUUUCUCUUCCGAUCGCCGUGUGUCCUUUCUACGCCCUUUCCAAACUUUCGUCGAAUUCGCCCCCUUCAUGCUUUCGUAACUGCGAUCGAGGGGGAGGAGGAAUCGAUUUGGCCGCAGGACGACGCUGAAGUCGCUGCUCUUCGUGCAUCGGUCGUCGAGACCCCUUGGUGAAUUUCCGGUCCCUCGUAGCCGCGGCUGGAUCACAGAAGAGGGGAGAAAAAGGGGAAAAUAUGAUUUCUUGGAGUGAGGUAUCAAGGAUGUCUACUCCUGCAAGGAAAAGGCUGAUGAGAGACUUCAAACGGUUGCAGCAGGAUCCUCCAGCAGGUAUCAGCGGUGCUCCCCAUGAAAACAACAUCAUGCUAUGGAAUGCUGUAAUAUUUGGCUUGGUUUUGAACUGCAGCCCAGAUGAUACACCUUGGGAUGGAGGCACGUUUAAAUUGACACUUCAAUUUACAGAGGAUUAUCCAAAUAAGCCACCAUCUGUACGGUUUGUUUCUCGAAUGUUUCAUCCAAAUAUUUAUGCAGAUGGUAGCAUAUGCUUGGAUAUUUUGCAGAACCAGUGGAGCCCAAUAUAUGAUGUAGCUGCAAUUCUUACCUCCAUCCAGUCAUUGCUGUGUGAUCCAAAUCCCAACUCGCCUGCAAAUUCUGAGGCUGCGCGCUUGUUCAGUGAGAACAAGCGUGAAUACAACAGGAAAGUGCGCGAGAUCGUUGAACAAAGCUGGACGGCGGAUUGAUGAUGGAUUCAACUCCACUCCCUCUGGUAGAAAUGUUGCACGCAUUUAUGUUACAGAAACGAUUGCCUGUUUGCCUGAAUCUUCAUAAUCCAGCAGAAAAACUGGAAUAAUUUCCUUGGUUGAUGUUGACAACUACAUAUCUUUUUUCUUUUUUUUUCUUUGGUGUGUAGACACAUUUGGCUUGCUCUUCUGUUAGACUGUGAAAUAGUUUAGAAGGUUGCAGCUGUA